CUCACGCGUACACUACACUCCAAUACUCCAACCUAUAAAUCACUACUCUUCUCCCUACAUUCAGAUAACAUGUCAGCACUCAAGAAGAUAUGCUCUCUCCUUGCUCUCUUUCUUAUCACCAACUAUUUACAAAUACUAUCAGAUGGAGUGGUGGUGGGUCGCAGACGAGCAAAGCUCGGAGAGUGAAUUGCAAACGGCUUUGGAUUGGGCCUGUGGUAUUGGAAACGCCAACUGCAGCAAGAUUCAAGUGGGCCAGGCCUGCUUUCAGCCCAAUACUGUUAGGGCCCAUGCUUCUUCUGCCUUCAACAAUUACUAUCAAAAGUUCAAGCGCAGAGGUGGCUCUUGUUACUUCAGAGGCGCUGCCUAUACCACUGCUCUUCACCCCAGUUAUAACUCUUGCAACUAUGAGCUCACACCCUGAGCUUGAGGUUAUUGAUCAUUGUUGUUAUAUGUGAUUGAUCAGCAUUGAUCGGAUGAAGUGAGCUUAAUCGAGCUCAAGGAUUUGAAGUAAAGUGUGAGGAGUGUGUCGGCUUUCAGUAGUCGUUGGAUCUCGAUAGAUUAGUUAGCUCUAAUCCUAGCCGUCUUUUUCUUACUAGUCGUUGUAUUUGGUUAGUUAGUUAGUUCUCAGUUUUAUUCUUCACGGAUGUA